AUGUCGGUCGAAGUAGCGACAGGAACACCGCUGGCCGAAGCCCUUCACAAUGCCGUACAACCUAAACUCGCUGAGGUUGGCUGGAGCACUGGCGCCGCAGACGACUCAGCCCUCGCCGAGUACAUCAUCCUCAUGCUCGUCAACGGCAAGACCCAGAGCCAAAUCGCAUCAGAGCUUUCCAACGACCUGCUUGGUCUCGGUCCCGACGACCCCAGUACCAACGAAUUCGCGACAUGGUUGUUCGAACAAGUUCACUCGCUAAAUGCCCAGCUCAAUGGCGGCCAAGAUGCGCAAAUGGAUUCGGCGCAACCCGCAGUUGCCACAACUGUAAACCAGGACAACUCGAACCAAGAUCAGACCAUGGGUGAUGGAGGCGAGUCGCUACCUGAGGGUGCAAUGUAUGUUCGCUCGCGACAAAUUCACAGACAUGAUGUGCUAACCAUACCUAGUCCCACUGGACCCAAAUCAAUGCGCAAUGGCAACGGCAAGCAGCAAACACGAGACCGUCGCAUGCUCGGACACAUGAACAAAGCACUUGAUCGCACAAAUGAUGCUGCGCUGCAUAGAAUAAGAGGUGGUGGAGGCGUCGGCAGAACCAAUACCCACAACAACCGUGAGCCUCCCAAGGGCCCUCGAAACAUGGCCAACCGCAUGCAGAACAUGAGCCAGAUGAACUCGCCCAUGACUCAGAACGCUAUCAUGGGAGCCAACCCGCAGCAACAAAUGCAACUGUUCAAGAUGCUGGAAGAGCAGUCGCGUAUGAUGGCUCAGAUUCUUGGUCCUGGUCAGCAAUUCCCCAAUGCUCCCGCUAUCAACCCAGCAUUUUUCAAUGGUCAGCAAGGCCAGCAGGGCCAGCAAGGCAAAUCGCUAUUCGAACGCGUUGAGAAGCCUAGGAAGAACAGCAACUUCAAGAACAACCAGCGACCCAAUGCAGGAGCAGACGCCAUGGAGACCGAUGGCGCCGAGAAUGCCGACUCGGAGCAGAAAGAACCCUCGACCAUCCCUUGCCGCUUCCAACUAUCUUGCACGAAUCCUUCAUGUCACUUCGGUCACCAAUCUCCUGCUGCACCACCCGGCAUUGCGCUUGAUCUUACUGAUACAUGCCCUUACGGCGCCGCUUGCACGAACAAGAAGUGCGUCGCAUCACACCCUUCUCCAGCGCAAAAGCGUGCCCACCUCUCGACUCAAGUGGAUUGCAAGUUCUACCCCAACUGCACCAACCCGAACUGCCCCUUCAAACACCCCUCCACACCACCAUGCAGGAAUGGCGCCGAUUGUCCCGAGCGUGACUCUGGUUGUCAGUUCUCACACAGCGACAUCAUGUGCCGCUACACGCCCUGCUUGAACCCCAACUGCCCUUACCGUCACAACGAAGGUCAAAAACGUAGCGCAAACUGGACAAACCCCAACGGCAAACACGUCAGCGACCGCACGUUUGUCACAGACGCAGAUGGCGAUGAAGAGUUGAUUAUACCUGGUCAGAGCAGUAGUGGCCAACAGCAAGAAGGGCAAUUGGCAGAGCAGCAGCAACAGCAAGGCCAGGCUCAACAGGCCAAUGCAGAUGUCAUUGCUUAG